AUGAAGGGUUUCACCAAGAGCGCCGGAUAUCUUGCGUUAUUAGCAGCGCUGGUCAGCGAGACCAUCGCUCUGCCAGUUCAAGAUGCGCCGCUAAGAAUCGAGUGGCGAUCCCUGUCAAGCGCCGCAAAAGCAGACUACAUCAGCGCAGUAAAGUGCUUAGAUGGGUUGCCGUCAAAGAUCGGUCUCAAAUCGUCGCGAUACAACGACUUCCCCUAUGUCCAUGCGCAGCUCAACAAUGAAAUUCAUUUUGUCGCUCAAUUCCUCCCCUGGCAUCGGUACUUUGUACACAUCUAUGAGACAGCCUUGAGAGAUGAGUGCAGGUACACAGGCCCAAUGACCUACUGGGACUGGACCCUUGACUCUGAAGACAUGUCUAAGAGCCCCGUUUUCUCCAACGACACCACCAUCGGAUUCGGAGGAAACGGCCUGAAUGGCGGUUUAGUCUCACCAACGCGACCGAACCCGUUGACCAUGUGCGUAAUUGACGGGGCUUUCGCCAACUUUACCGUAUCGUACUAUACAACGACAGCGCUCUCGCAUUGUCUGAAUCGCGGUUUCAAUGACGGUAUUGGGGUGAAUGCCGGCCCUUACGAAGGCGGCUUGUACUCGCUCGAGAAGAUCUCAGGAAUCAUCAAAACCUCUAGCAACUUUUCUACAUUCGCGACUACUUUGGAAAACGGGCCCCACGGUGCGAUUCACUCAGCCGUUGGAGGAGACCUGUUCCCUUCGACAUCUCCAAACGGACAUGAUUCGCCUGAUGUCUUUUGCGCCCCCAUCUGGCCCUUGAAGCCACCCAAUGGCGAGCGGUCUUCGGCAGGGACAUUGAUAUCAGAAGCAACUUUGCAAAGUUGCAGAGCUCAGGACGUCAAGAUGAUCUGCUCUUGUUGUCGCCACGUCCUUGAGCUCAGGAAGGACUACGCGCUGACCAGUAACGAGCGAGACGGCGCGGAUCACCUCAUACCGCAUCACCGCGAUAGCACAAGUCUGACGGCGUCUGUGGACGCUGGAUGUUAUAUUUGCAAUCGGCUUUGGGCCGCUCUGGAUAUCGAAGAGCGAUGCAAGGUCAGGCAGUCAAAUGGUGAACCGACGAAACGAAAGACUCCAGCAACCGAGUCACCUCUCACCUCGGUGUUUUGGGAAGACGGAGCAGCACUCGCAUAUCCCCGCGCCUUUUUACUACAACUCACUUUUGACCGAGGCAAAGUUUGGUACCCCAGCCGCCUCCUAGAUACAGGACCUCUAGACCAGGAGAGCUCAAGUUGCCGACUCGUCCUACCGAACAUCACCCCUAUCCAAGGCUCUUACGCGACACUCAGUCAUUGUUGGGGUACGAAGGAGUCUUUCAACCUUACAACAAGCAACUACGCACAACUACAGCAGGAAAUCGCAUUCGACACCCUCCCUCCCCUGUACCGUGACGCCAUGGAAACGAGUCGUCGCCUUAACAUUCGGUACCUGUGGAUCGACUCCCUGUGUAUUAUUCAGCACGGUGAUGACUUCGUUGACUGGAAACAAGAAUCAAUGCACAUGGACAAGAUCUACUCGGGGUCCUUUGUCAACAUUUCAGCGGCCGAUGCCCCAGACGCGAACCACUCCCUCUUUCACGACCGCAAUCCCGAUGCUCUGUGUCCGCAGAUUGUAGAGCUUCCUGUUGGUUCACAAACUAAUCGCUUUCUCUUGAUGGACUACAACUUCUGGAGGACAGAAGUUUCCAGCGCGGUCAUCAACACAAGAGCCUGGGUGCUCCAAGAGAGACUCCUCUCUCCUAGAGUGCUUUACUUUGGUCAACGGCAGAUUCUAUGGGAGUGCCAUCAAAAAGAAGACGCUGAGAUUUAUCCGGAAGGCUUACUGAUAGACCUAUCUCGAUUUCCCAGCCGGUUCAAGGGCUUCUGUCACAACCAAAUGGGUUGGAGACCCCGGGAUCACGGCGAUCUGUCAAAGUACCAUUACUGGUGCAACAUUGUGAAUACCUACACUCGAGCUAAGUUGACAUUUCCCGGCGAUAAGUUGAUUGCACUUUCAGCUGUCGCGAAGGCUAUGAGAGUGUUACUUCAGGAUAGCUAUGCUGCAGGGAUGUGGCGCCGCUAUCUAGAGCGGCAACUGAUGUGGUCUGUCGCUGUCGGCGAGGCGCAAGCUAGGCCAUCAGUCUACCGGGCCCCAAGUUGGUCUUGGGCGGCGGUAGAUGGACACAUUACUCCGGGUAUCAUGGACGUCGAAGCAGUGGAGAUGUUGAUCGAGGUACAGGAUCUACAUCUCGACUAUGUUACAAGCGAUACAACAGGCCUGAUCAGCGGUGGGUGGCUACAGCUCUGGGGGUGCCUCAAGAAACUUGAGCUUCUGCCCGAUGCCUUGUUCAGCAGUCAUAGCAACAACUACGAGUUCUUGAUGAUGAUUGUUAAUGGCGUUUCGGUCAGUGUCCGCGCUGAUUCAGUCAUGAAAGAAUAUCAACCACACGUUUAUCUCGAUGACAACCAGCAGUGGGUCAGCACACAGAACCAUCGACCGGAACUAUUCUGUAUGCCAGCGAGAACAAGACCAGGCAAUGACGGAAGCAUCUACAUGCUAUUGCUGCAGCUUGAAAAUGGAAAAGACGGCACCUUUCGUCGCAUUGGAAUCGCCCGCGGUUGGGGCAAGGAGUUGAGAGAGAGCUUGCUAGCAAGCAAUGCGGAAGAGAGUACCUUGCCGUGCGUAAAUAAGAGCCAAAGACGAUACGAUGGGCAUCAUGGGCAUCUGCAGAUAGAGGAUGAAUGGAAGAAGUAG